AUGAACACUAGUGAACAAACAGUCGACCGACCAUUUGUUACUAGCGAUGGAAAAAUAUGGCCAGCAAAUGUUUUUGUACCUUGUAAAAGAUAUUAUUGUAUUAAAUAUACUAAAGAAAUGCUUGUAUCGAAAAUUACAGAGAAAUGUUUAAAACCUGAUGAUGGGAAUUUUAUUGAUUUGUGGGUAUUGACUAGAAUUAAUCAUUGGGAUCAUGAAAUAGAGACUACUGUUUGUUUAACCGACAAAUAUUUAAUGAUUAUAAGCUUUAAUUUUAUCAAUGAAGAUUGUACUUCAAAACGUGUUCUGUUACAAUCCGUUAAAACUGUACGUGUUGGAAAUUUAAUUCAACCGAAUUGGUCUGCAUUACCCCAGCGUAACUAUGGUGGUGUUCAAAUAAUUUGGGGUGAAUUAGAAGAAAUAAAAUGGAUUGAUCGCUGGAAUCCAAUAUCUCAAGAUGUUCCAAUGAUUAUUUUACAUCAUCAUCCUUGUUUCUAUUCACUGGAUCCAUUGUCAGACAAAGAUAUGUACAACUGUGAUCUAGCUAUUUCAGCUAUUUCUAAAUCUUUGUCUAAAUAUGGUGUUCAAGUGGAAUAUGCCAACAUUCAUUUAAAUUCACAUAUCAACUUCUUCACAAUUAUUUACAAUCAAAGUAAUCUAGGCUUUUGUAAAGAUCGAAAUGGUAUUAGUUUUUAA